CCAUUUCAACGCUGUACAUUUAAUUUAGUUAUUAUAUAUAUAUAUAUAUAUAUGUCGGAUAACCAGUUUGCUUGAUGCUUGAUGCGAGUUUAUUUUAUUUUAAUUAUUAUUUAUUUUUUUUACGAUUUGAAAUUAAACCCGUGGCAGCGUCAGUCACAUGGCUAAUCCAGGCAUAGUAUUUGGUUCUCUGCGUCUCUCCGUGGAGCAACAAAAGCAUAUGGCUGCCAAGCUCUGCUGUUUUCUCUCGACCUACAGACACAUCAUUGACUCCCACAUUAUAGAGUUUUUUAGCGACAGCUUGUGGGAGACGCUGCCCCCUGGCUGGCAGGAGGCUCUGUGCGAACUCUCUGGCCCGCAGCUGGCAGACCUGCUUCUAGACAGCGCCCCCGGAGGUGGGAGGAGCUACCCGUCUGUGUGGCCUCUCUCCCUCUUGGCUUUCAAAGCGGCCGCGCGCGCCCUGGCCUUUCCCAGAAUGCCCCGCGGCGGGGCGGCACAGGAAACAGGAAGUGGGAAGUCGAAGGAGUUCUGGGAGAACAGCUGCCGGAGUUCCACGCUGAAACACGUCUUCCGAAAACACGUCAAGCCCAAAAAACAGCACGAGGUUCGCAAGCUGGGGGCACUGGUGAAGAGAAUGUGUGACCUCACCAGCUGUCAGAACGUCGUGGAUGUUGGAUCAGGGCAGGGUCACCUGACUCGGUUCCUCUCAUUGGGUCUCGGGCUGUCCGUCACCGGGGUGGAGGCUAACCCCGCCCUCGUUUCCAUGGCUACCAAGUUGGACAGGGAGCUGCGGAGUGUCGCUCUGAAGGAGAGGGCGAGGGCGGGAGCCAAGACGGGUGUGGCUCCAGACGGCCCCUGUGACCCCCUCCCCAGGCACGUGGCGGGCUGGGUCAACCCCGGGGCAUCCUGGGAGGAGUUUGUGACUCUACUGCAGCAGCCAAUGGGAAUCUCCGAUAGCCGGGACGGCCCACCAGAGUCUCACGGAACCAACAGCCAGGAAGGUUUCGUCCUGACCGGGCUCCAUGCUUGUGGAGAUUUAAGUGCCACCCUCCUGCGCCACUUUGCCCGCUGCCCCCAGGCCGUGGCCAUCACAUCGGUGGCCUGCUGUUACAUGAAGCUCACCACCCUCUCAAACCCCGCCCCUCCGGGGCUCCAGGCUCCUCCCCUUCCCCGCCCAGGGGGAGGAGACUGCGCUGAAGGGGCGGGGCCAGUCUUUGGAUACCCGAUGAGCUCCUGGGUCCAGGGCCUGCCCGGUCACGAGCUGUCCUGCAAGGCCAGGGAGGCGGCCUGUCACGCUCUGGAGAGUUAUGCAGAGAGGCUGCGGGGAGAGAGGGGGGAGCUGCAGUCUCAUUGCUACAGGGCUGUGCUGGAGACCCUGGUCAGGAGGGCUCAGCCCAGCCUGAAGAGAGCAGGCAUCCAGACCAUCAAGAAGGCUCACCUGCUCUCGUUCGCAGAGUACGCUCGGCUGGGGCUGCAGCGGUUGGAGCUCCCUACAGACUGGCCCCUGGACUGGGUCCCCUCUCUGGAGGCCCUGCUGGCUCAGCAGGGGAGGGUGGUGGCUUACUUCUGCCUGGUCCUGCUGCUGGCCCCGGCUGUGGAGAGCUUAGUGCUGCUGGACAGAAUGCUGUACCUGAGUCAGGAGGGACUGGAUUGCGAGCUGCUCCCCCUCUUCUCUCCCACCCUCUCUCCCCGGAAUCUGGUCCUGGUCGCAGUCAAAACGCAGCAGACAAACGGGGCGAGCCGCACAGCACUCGGGCGUCCCAGCUCAUUACCGGGGUCCGGAUCUGGGUCACCCCGGUGAAUCUGGGAACGCGGCUAUGCAAGAUCAAAGCUGGGGGUGUCGGCCGGUACCCCUCCGAACUCCAGGCACUGAAUUUUAACCCUUUGUGGAGCUGAAAUUAGGGAUCAUCUGUAAUUUGUUAAAACACUGAAUUCAGAAAUGCUUGAAAGAGAAACUUAAUACAUUCGUCAUUUCAUUUAUUAAGUUUUGUUGGUAGCAUUUCUAAAUGAGUUUUUUAUUUAUUUUAUAUUCAGGUUUUUUAAAAGUUUUAUUUUAAAUUUUUUUUAGUAUGAAAGUUUUAGAUUUUUUUUUUCGUGUGCCCAUGUGGCGGAACCCCUCCAGAUAUGUCAUUGAUAUUUUUUAUAUACCUGCCUGCAUGAAAACACCUCAGGGUGUGAGAAUUUCAAUCUCCGCUCAGUAAUCAGGGAUAUAGAAACACACUCGUGUGUGAAAAUGUCAGACCGCCCUGUGCUUUAAUCAGGCGUCUUAAACCACUUCUAAAAAGUCUCCUGCGUUUUACCGUGUGUGGCUCUGUGUUCCUUUUCUCUUCACUGUUUUAAAUGAAUUGCAUGGGUGGCCUGUUAAAGGCAUCAAUUCGAUUAGACCAUCGCUACUAAUUUGCCUAUAGUGACGAUUUUCCCAGAUUUUCAAUCUCAGCGGUUUGAUUUCAAACGCACAGCAAAUCAGAACUACAGAAGCAAUGGGGUGAUCUGAUACAU